AAAAGUCAAGACACACAAGCGGCUCACACACGCACACACACACAUACACUCCCUCUGUCUCUUUCACACACACACAUACACACACACACACACACACACUCACUCACACAUACACACACAUCCAUACACCUUCCAAAUCCUGCUGAAGGCAGGGAGAAGGCAGACGGGCUGGGCUCAUUUAGCAGAAGAAUUUCCAGUGACAUUUGUAAAUGACGCUGCUCCAUUCCGGGCUCAGUGCUGCUGCCGCUGCCUGGCCGAGAGUGCAGCCAAGCAACCCCGAGCGCAGGCUGCCUUACCCGGCAACAACAAUGUCUGAGUUUCUCUUAGCCUUAGUCACAAUCUCGGGAUUAUUGCCUAUUGCUAAGGUGCUGACCGUGGGAGCCGAUCGAGAUCCACAGUUGUGUGAUCCUGGUGAAUUUCUUUGCCAUGAUCAUGUGACUUGUGUAUCCCAGAGCUGGCUAUGUGACGGGGACCCUGACUGCCCUGAUGAUUCGGAUGAAUCUUUAGACACCUGUCCUGAGGAAAUAGAAUUAAAGUGUCCCUUGAAUCAUAUUGCUUGCCUUGGAACAAACACAUGUAUUCAUUUAUCCCAACUGUGCAAUGGUGUACUUGACUGUUCAGAUGGCUACGAUGAAGGAGUCCAUUGUCGGGAACUAUUACCAAAUUGCCAGCAGAUGAAUUGUCAAUAUAAAUGCGCGAUUAUAAGGAAUGGUACAGGAUGCUUCUGUGAGGAUGGAUAUGAAAUAGCAGAAGAUGGAAGAAGCUGCAAAGAUCAAGAUGAAUGUGCUGUGUAUGGGACUUGCAGCCAAACCUGCAUAAAUACGUACGGGUCAUAUGUUUGUAGCUGCGUGGAGGGGUACCUAAUGCAACUUGACAACAGAUCUUGCAAGGCCAAAAAUGAACCCAGUGACAGGCCCCCAGUUCUGUUGAUCACAAAUUACGAAACAAUUGAGGUAUUGUAUCUCAAUGGAAGCAAAGUGGCAGCCCUGAGUUCAGCGAAAGGAAAGGAAAUUCACACUUUGGAUUUUAUUUAUAAUGAGGAUAGAAUUUGUUGGAUUGAGUCAAGAGAAUCUUCAAAUCAGCUGAAAUGUACCCAGAUAACAAAAACUGGACAAUUAACAGAUGAAUGGAUAAUCAACAUUCUUCAGUCCCUCCACAAUGUACAACAAAUGGCAAUAGAUUGGCUCACUGGAAACUUUUACUUUGUGGACCAUGUCAGUGACAGGAUUUUUGUAUGUAAUCACAAUGGAUCUGUGUGUGUUACCCUGAUAGACCUUGAGCUUCACAACCCCAAAGCAGUAGCUGUCGAUCCAAUAGCAGGAAAACUUUUCUUUACUGACUAUGGGAAUGUUGCCAAAGUGGAGAGAUGUGACAUGGACGGGAUGAACAGGACGAGGAUAGUCGAUUCAAAGACAGAGCAGCCAGCUGCCCUGGCACUGGAUCUGGUCAGCAAAUUGGUUUACUGGGUAGAUCUUUAUUUGGACUAUGUUGAAGUAGUGGACUACCAAGGGAAAAACAGACAUACUAUAAUCCAAGGCGUACAAGUCAGACAUCUUUAUGGUAUUACUGUAUUUGAAAAUUAUUUAUAUGCAACCAACCUAGAUAACUUCAACAUCAUACGAAUAAACAGAUUUAAUGGUACUGAUGUGCAAGCAUUAGUUAAAAAGGAAAACGCCAGAGCAAUCCGCAUUUAUCAAAAGAGAACACAGUCAACAGUCAGAAGCCAUGCAUGUGAAGUAGAUCCAUAUGGAAUGCCAGGGGGAUGUUCGCACAUCUGUCUGCUCAGCAGCAACUACAAAACACGGACUUGUCGUUGCAGGACGGGCUUCAACUUGGGAAGUGAUGGCAGGUCAUGCAAAAGACCGAAGAAUGAGUUGUUUCUCUUUUAUGGGAAAGGACGCCCAGGAAUUGUUCGGGGAAUGGACUUGAAUACCAAGAUAGCUGAUGAAUACAUGAUCCCCAUAGAAAAUCUGGUCAAUCCACGUGCUCUGGAUUUCCAUGCUGAAGCCAAUUAUAUCUACUUUGCUGACACCACCAGCUUCCUAAUUGGUCGGCAAAAAAUAGAUGGGACAGAACGUGAAACCAUUCUGAAAGAUGAUCUUGAUAAUGUGGAAGGUAUAGCUGUGGAUUGGAUUGGAAAUAAUCUCUAUUGGACAAAUGAUGGCCACAAGAAAACCAUCAGUGUAGCCAGACUCCAGAAAGCAUCACAAAGUCGGAAGACUCUCUUAGAGGGAGAAAUGUCUCAUCCUCGUGGAAUUGUUGUUGAUCCUGUCAAUGGAUGGAUGUAUUGGACAGACUGGGAGGAGGAUGAGAUAGAUGACAGCGUGGGAAGAAUUGAGAAGGCCUGGAUGGACGGCUUCAAUCGACAGAUUUUUGUGACUUCAAAGAUGCUGUGGCCAAAUGGUUUAACUCUGGACUCUCAUACCAACACAUUGUACUGGUGUGAUGCCUAUUAUGAUCACAUUGAAAAAGUGUUUUUGAAUGGAACUAACAGGAAGGUCGUCUAUAGUGGGAAAGAACUGAACCAUCCCUUUGGACUGUCACAUCAUGGGAAUUAUGUAUUUUGGACUGACUACAUGAAUGGCUCGAUCUUCCAACUAGUGAUGACCAGUGAAGUCACACUGCUGAGACAGGAAAGACCACCUUUGUUUGGGCUUCAGAUAUAUGAUCCUCGGAAACAACAAGGUAAUAAUGCCUGUCGAGUAAACAACGGUGGCUGUGGAACACUUUGCUUAGCCAUUCCUGGAGGUCGAGUUUGUGCUUGUGCAGAUAAUCAACUUCUUGAUGAGAACGGAACCACAUGUACAUUCAACCCUGAAGAAGUACUACCUCACUUAUGCAAACCUGGAGAAUUUCGCUGCAGAAACAGACGCUGUAUCCAGGAUAGAUGGAAGUGUGAUGGGGACGAUGACUGCUUAGAUGGCACUGAUGAGGAUUCAAUGACUUGCUUUAAUCACAGCUGUCCUGAUGAUCAGUUUAAGUGUCGGAAUAAUCGCUGCAUUCCCAAGAGAUGGCUUUGUGAUGGAGCUAAUGAUUGUGGUGGUAAUGAAGAUGAAUCCAAUCAAACCUGUGCAGCCAGGACAUGUCAGUUGGAUCAGUUCUCUUGUGGAAAUGGGCGCUGCAUUCCCAGGGCUUGGUUAUGUGAUAGGGAGGAUGACUGUGGUGACCAAACAGAUGAAAUGACAUCCUGUGAAUUCCCAACCUGUGAGCCGCUAACUCAGUUUAUAUGCAAAAACGGAAGAUGCAUUAGCAGCAAAUGGCACUGUGAUUCAGAUGAUGACUGCGGUGAUGACAGUGAUGAAGUGGGUUGCAUUCACUCUUGCUCUCAUAAUCAGUUCAGAUGCUCCAGUGGCAGGUGCAUUCCAGGACACUGGGCAUGUGAUGGUGACAAUGACUGUGGAGACUUCAGUGAUGAAACCAAAGCAAACUGUACCAAAGAAGAGAUUCAUUCUCCUGCUGGGUGCAAUGGGAAUGAAUUUCAGUGUGACCCUGAUGGGAACUGUGUCCCUGACCUUUGGCGCUGUGAUGGAGAAAAAGACUGUGAAGAUGGCAGUGAUGAAAAGGGCUGCAAUGGCACUGUGCGUUUGUGUGAUGAGAAAACCAAGUUUUCCUGUAAAAGCACGGGGAGAUGCAUUAAUAAAGCCUGGGUAUGUGAUGGAGAUAUCGACUGUGAAGAUCAAUCAGAUGAGGAUGAUUGUGAAAGUUUCCUGUGUGGACCACCAAAAUACCCUUGUGCUAAUGACACAUCCAUCUGCUUGCAACCAGAGAAGCUUUGCAAUGGAAGAAAAGAUUGCCCUGAUGGAUCUGAUGAAGGCGAUCUCUGUGAUGAAUGUUCUCUGAACAAUGGAGGCUGUAGCAACCACUGUUCUGUUGUUCCUGGGAGAGGAAUUGUGUGUUCAUGCCCAUCAGGAUUGCAACUCAACCCUGAUAAUAAAACAUGUGAAAUUGUGGAUUAUUGUGGCAAACACCUUAAGUGUAGUCAAGUAUGUGAACAACACAAACAUUCAGUCAAGUGCUCAUGUUAUGAAGGUUGGAAACUAAAUAUGGAUGGUGAAAGUUGUACUAGUAUUGAUCCCUUUGAAGCAUUCAUCAUUUUUUCUAUACGACAUGAAAUCAGAAGGAUUGAUCUUCACAAGAGAGACUACAGUCUGCUUGUUCCUGGAUUAAGAAACACAAUAGCCCUUGAUUUUCACUUCAAUCAGAGCUUACUUUAUUGGACAGAUGUUGUGGAAGACAGAAUUUACAGAGGCAAACUUUCGGAAAGUGGAGGUGUAGGAGCAAUUGAAGUGGUGGUAGAACAUGGCCUAGCUACACCAGAAGGUCUGACAGUAGACUGGAUAGCAGGAAACAUCUAUUGGAUAGAUAGCAAUUUGGACCAAAUUGAAGUCGCCAAAUUAGAUGGCACCCUGAGAACAACACUGAUAGCAGGUGCUAUGGAGCAUCCGAGAGCUAUUGCUUUGGAUCCAAGAUAUGGAAUUCUUUUUUGGACAGACUGGGAUGCUAAUUUUCCUCGUAUUGAGUCUGCCUCCAUGAGUGGUGCCGGAAGAAAGACUAUCUAUAAAGAUAUGAAAUCUGGGGCUUGGCCUAAUGGACUAACUGUAGACCAUUUUGAAAAAAGGAUAGUAUGGACAGAUGCCAGGUCAGAUGCUAUUUAUUCUGCCCUCUACGAUGGAACAGGCAUGAUAGAGAUCAUACGAGGUCAUGAAUACCUUUCUCACCCCUUUGCUGUUUCUCUGUAUGGAAGUGAGGUCUAUUGGACUGACUGGAGAACAAAUACAUUAUCUAAAGCCAACAAAUGGACUGGACAGAAUGUCAGUGUAAUUCAAAAAACCAGCGCACAACCUUUUGACCUUCAAAUAUACCACCCCAGCCGUCAGCCACAAGCUCCCAAUCCGUGUGCAGCUAAUGAUGGCAAAGGCCCAUGCUCGCAUAUGUGUCUGAUCAAUCAUAAUAGGAGCGCCGCUUGCGCCUGCCCCCACCUGAUGAAACUGUCCCCAGACAAAAAGACAUGCUAUGAAAUGAAAAAAUUUCUUCUUUAUGCAAGACGUUCAGAAAUAAGAGGAGUGGAUAUAGAUAAUCCAUAUUUCAACUUCAUCACAGCUUUUACUGUCCCAGAUAUAGAUGAUGUCACGGUGAUAGACUUUGAUGCCUCAGAGGAACGUUUGUACUGGACGGAUAUAAAAACACAAACUAUCAAACGUGCUUUUAUUAAUGGGACUGGGUUAGAAACUGUUAUCUCAAGAGAUAUUCAGAGCAUCAGAGGGCUAGCUGUGGAUUGGGUAUCCCGAAAUUUAUACUGGAUUAGCUCAGAAUUUGAUGAAACCCAAAUUAAUGUGGCACGAUUAGAUGGUUCUUUGAAAACCUCAAUUAUUCAUGGAAUUGACAAACCACAAUGCCUUGCGGCUCACCCAGUCAGGGGGAAACUUUAUUGGACUGAUGGAAACACUAUAAAUAUGGCAAAUAUGGAUGGCAGUAAUAGCAAAAUUCUCUUUCAGAAUCAAAAAGAUCCAGUUGGUCUAUCAAUAGACUAUGUGGAGAACAAGCUUUAUUGGAUCAGCUCAGGAAAUGGAACCAUAAAUAGAUGCAACCUGGAUGGGGGCAAUUUAGAAGUGAUUGAGUCAAUGAAAGAAGAAUUAACAAAAGCUACUGCUCUAACCAUCAUGGAUAAAAAGCUGUGGUGGGCAGACCAAAACUUAGCUCAGCUGGGCACCUGCAGCAAAAGAGAUGGAAGGAACCCCACUGUCCUCCGGAAUAAGACUUCAGGGGUUGUGCAUAUGAAAGUGUAUGAUAAAGAAGCUCAGCGAGGUAGCAAUUCCUGUCAACUAAAUAAUGGUGGCUGUUCUCAACUUUGUUUACCAACAUCUGAAACAACAAGAACUUGCGUGUGUACAGUGGGAUAUAAUCUCCGGAAGAAUCGUAUGUCAUGUCAAGGCAUAGAAUCAUUUCUUAUGUAUUCUGUUCACGAGGGAAUCAGGGGAAUACCUCUGGAACCAGCUGACAAAAUGGAUGCUUUAAUGCCAAUAUCAGGGACUUCAUUUGCCGUGGGAAUAGAUUUCCAUGCAGAAAAUGAUACCAUCUACUGGACAGACAUGGGCUUCAAUAAAAUUAGCAGAGCUAAAAGAGAUCAGACUUGGAAGGAAGAUAUUAUUACAAAUGGUUUGGGAAGAGUGGAAGGCAUAGCAGUUGACUGGAUUGCUGGUAAUAUAUAUUGGACAGACCAUGGCUUCAACUUGAUUGAAGUUGCAAGACUUAAUGGUUCGUUCCGAUAUGUAAUCAUUUCUCAAGGCCUGGAUCAACCAAGAUCUCUAGCUGUGCACCCAGAGAAAGGGUACCUGUUCUGGACUGAAUGGGGACAGAAUCCUUGCAUUGGCAAAGCAAGAUUAGAUGGUUCUGAGAAGGUCAUCCUUGUGAGCAUGGGGAUAGCAUGGCCAAAUGGUGUCUCCAUUGAUUAUGAGGAAAAUAAAUUGUACUGGUGUGAUGCUCGCAUAGACAAGAUAGAAAGAAUCGACCUUGAGAGUGGAGGGAAUCGGGAGAUUGUGCUGUCAGGGAGCAAUGUGGAUAUGUUUUCAGUCGCAGUCUUUGGGGCUUACAUCUACUGGUCUGACAGAGCACAUGCAAAUGGUUCUAUUCGAAGAGGUCACAAAAAUGAUGCCACAGAUGCAGUGACCAUGAGAACAGGCCUUGGAGUCAACCUAAAGGAAGUCACAGUCUUUAAUCGAGUAAGGGAGAAGGGUACCAAUGUAUGUGCAAAGGACAAUGGUGGCUGUCAGCAGCUUUGUUUAUAUCGAGGAAAUUCUCAAAGAACAUGCGCUUGUGCACAUGGAUAUCUUGCAGAAGAUGGAGUUACCUGCCUAAGACAUGAAGGUUAUUUACUGUAUUCAGGGAGAACAAUACUAAAAAGUAUACAUCUUUCAGAUGAGACCAAUUUAAACUCACCAGUUAGACCAUAUGAAAAUCCUAAUUAUUUCAAGAAUGUGAUAGCUUUGGCUUUUGACUACAGCUUGAGAAGAAAGGGUACCAACCGAAUCUUCUACAGUGAUGCACAUUUUGGAAACAUACAGCUGAUUAAGGACAACUGGGAAGGCAGACAAGUAGUUGUUGAAAAUGUUGGCUCUGUUGAAGGACUUGCCUAUCAUAGAGCUUGGGAUACCCUCUACUGGACCAGUUCUACUGCAUCAUCCAUCACAAGACAUACAGUUGACCAGAAUCGACCAGGAGCUUUUAACAGAGAAGCUGUCAUCACAAUGUCAGAAGAUGACCAUCCACAUGUAUUAGCAUUGGAUGAAUGUCAAAAUUUAAUGUUUUGGACCAACUGGAAUGAGCAGCACCCAAGUAUAAUGCGAUCUACACUCAUGGGAAAGAAUGCCCAAGUUGUUGUCAGCACAGACAUCCUUACUCCUAAUGGACUCACCAUUGAUCACAGUGCAGAAAAACUUUACUUCUCUGAUGGUAGCCUCGGCAAAAUCGAAAGGUGUGAAUAUGAUGGAUCCAAGAGAUAUGUAAUUGUGAAAUCUGGACCCGGGACUUUCCUCAGUUUGGCUGUUUAUGACAAUUAUAUCUUCUGGUCGGAUUGGGGAAGAAGAGCAAUUCUGCGCUCAAAUAAAUACACAGGAGGAGAUACAAAGGUUCUUCGUUCUGACAUACCGCACCAGCCAAUGGGCAUUAUCGCUGUGGCCAAUGAUACAAAUAGCUGUGAACUUUCUCCGUGUGCAUUAGCAAAUGGAGGUUGCCAUGACCUGUGCCUUUUGACGCCUGAUGGGAGGGUGAAUUGUUCAUGCAGGGGAGAUCGGAUAUUGUUAGAUGACAACAGAUGUGUGACUAAGAAUUCAUCUUGCAACAUUUAUUCUGAGUUUGAAUGUGGGAAUGGUGAGUGCAUUGACUAUCAACUAACCUGUGAUGGCAUUGUUCAUUGCAAGGAUAAAUCUGAUGAGAAACUGCUAUACUGUGAAAACAGAAGUUGCCGAAGAGGUUUCAAACACUGUUAUAAUCGACGUUGUAUUCCAAAUAGCAAGUUAUGUGAUGGUGAAGAUGAUUGUGGGGAUAAUUCCGAUGAACUAGACUGUAAAGUUUCAACCUGUGCCGCUAUUGAGUUUCGCUGUGCAGAUGGGACUUGCAUUCCAAAAUCAGCACGAUGCAACCAGAACACUGAUUGUGCAGAUGCUUCAGAUGAAAAGAACUGCAGUAACACAGACUGCACACAUUUCUAUAAACUAGGAGUAAAAACCACAGGAUUCAUCCAGUGUAAUUCCACUUCACUGUGUAUACUGCCAGAGUGGAUAUGUGAUGGCUCUAAUGACUGUGGAGACUACUCAGAUGAAUUAAAGUGCCCAGUUCAAAGCAAACCCAAAUGUGAAGAGAAUUAUUUUGGUUGUCCUAGUGGAAGAUGUAUUUUGAACACCUGGAUAUGUGAUGGACAGAAAGACUGUGAAGAUGGAGCUGAUGAAUUCCACUGUGAUUCCUCUUGCUCUUGGAACCAGUUUCCUUGCUCUUCACAAAAAUGUAUCUCUAAACAAUGGAUUUGUGAUGGGGAAGAUGACUGUGGAGAUGGAUUAGAUGAAAGUGAUUCCAUCUGUGGGGCUGUGACCUGUGCAGCUGAUAUGUUCAGCUGUUCAGGUUCCCAUGCUUGUGUGCCUCGGCACUGGCUUUGUGAUGGUGAAAGGGAUUGUCCAAAUGGAAGUGAUGAGCUCUCUACAGCUGGCUGUGCUCCCAAUAAUACCUGUGAUGAAAAUGCUUUCAUGUGUCAUAAUAAAGUCUGUGUUCCCAAGCAGUUUGUUUGUGACCAUGAUGAUGACUGUGGAGAUGGAUCUGAUGAGUCAUUGGAAUGUGGAUAUCGUCAAUGUAGUCCUGAGGAAUUCAGUUGUGCUGAUGGAAGAUGUCUUUUAAAUUCUCAGUGGCAAUGUGAUGGAGACUUUGAUUGCCCUGACCAUUCUGAUGAAGCACCAUUAAAUGCAAAGUGCAAAAGUGCAGAACAGUCAUGCAACAGUUCAUUUUUUAUGUGCAAAAAUGGUAGAUGCAUUCCCAGUGGAGGUCUUUGUGACAGUAAGGAUGACUGUGGUGAUGGCUCAGAUGAGAGAAACUGCCACAUAAAUGAAUGUUUGAGUAAGAAAGUUAGUGGCUGUUCUCAAGAUUGUCAGGACCUUCCAGUUGGGUACAAGUGUAAAUGCUGGCCUGGAUUUCAACUGAAGGAUGAUGGUAAAACAUGUGUGGACAUGGAUGAAUGCUCUUCAGGUUUCCCUUGUAGUCAGCAAUGCAUUAAUACAUAUGGAACCUACAAGUGCCUCUGUACAGAAGGGUAUGAAAUACAACCAGAUAACCCAAAUGGCUGCAAAUCACUCUCAGAUGAAGAGCCCUUCUUAAUUCUUGCAGACCAUCAUGAAAUAAGAAAAAUUAGCACUGAUGGAUCCAAUUAUACACUGUUGAAACAGGGAUUAAACAAUGUGAUUGCUAUAGACUUUGACUACAGAGAAGAGUUCAUUUAUUGGAUUGAUUCCAGCCGACCCAAUGGCAGCCGGAUAAAUAGGAUGUAUCUAAAUGGAAGUGACAUUAAGGUAGUGCACAACACAGCAGUUCCUAAUGCACUUGCUGUUGAUUGGAUUGGGAAGAACCUUUAUUGGUCUGACACAGAAAAAAGGAUCAUUGAAGUAUCCAAACUCAAUGGAUUGUACCCUACCAUACUUGUGAGCAAAAGACUGAAAUUCCCCAGGGAUCUUUCUUUAGAUCCUCGGGCUGGGUAUUUGUACUGGAUUGACUGCUGCGAAUAUCCUCACAUUGGCCGAGUUGGGAUGGAUGGAACCAAUCAGGGUGUUGUCAUAGAAACAAAGAUUUCUAGACCUAUGGCACUCACAAUAGAUUAUGUCAACAGUAGGCUCUAUUGGGCUGAUGAGAAUCACAUCGAAUUUAGCAACAUGGAUGGCUCACAUAGACACAAAGUCCCUAAUCAAGAUAUUCCAGGGGUGAUUGCACUAACAUUGUUUGAAGACUACAUCUACUGGACUGACGGGAAAACCAAGUCACUCAGCCGUGCCCAUAAAACCUCGGGAGCAGACAGACUAUCCCUGAUUAACUCAUGGCAUACCAUAACAGAUAUCCAGGUGUAUCAUUUUUAUAGACAACCUGAUGUUGCUAAACAUGUCUGUAUGCUAAACAAUGGAGGCUGUAGCCAUCUAUGUCUCUUAGCCCCUGGCAGGACAUACACCUGUGCAUGCCCCACCAACUUUUACCUUGCAGCUGAUAACAAGACCUGCCUCUCAAACUGUACAGCCAGUCAGUUUCGAUGCAAAACUGAUAAAUGUAUCCCAUUCUGGUGGAAAUGUGACACUGUGGAUGACUGUGGAGAUGGAUCUGAUGAACCUGAUGACUGUCCUGAAUUUAAAUGUCAACCAGGCCGAUUUCAAUGUGGAACUGGACUUUGUGCUCUGCCAGCUUUUAUCUGUGAUGGAGAAAAUGAUUGUGGGGACAACUCAGAUGAACUCAACUGUGACACGCAUGUCUGCCUGUCAGGUCAGUUCAAGUGCACCAAGAAUCAAAAAUGUAUCCCGAUAAACCUCAGGUGUAACGGACAAGAUGACUGUGGUGAUGAAGAAGAUGAAAGGGAUUGCCCGGAAAACAGCUGUUCACCAGACUAUUUCCAGUGUAAAACUACCAAACACUGCAUUUCUAAGCUAUGGGUUUGUGAUGAGGAUCCAGACUGUGCUGAUGCAUCAGAUGAAGCCAAUUGUGAUAAAAAGACUUGUGGACCUCAUGAAUUUCAGUGCAAAAACAACAACUGUAUACCGGAUCACUGGCGCUGUGAUAGCCAAAAUGACUGCAGUGAUAAUUCAGAUGAAGAAAACUGCAAGCCACAAACCUGUACCUUGAAAGACUUUCUCUGCGCAAAUGGGGACUGUGUUUCUUCGAGGUUUUGGUGUGAUGGAGAUUAUGACUGUGCAGAUGGCUCAGAUGAGAGAAAUUGUGAAACAGGUUGCUCCAAAGAUCAGUUUCAGUGUGCUAAUGGUCAGUGCAUAUCAGCAAAAUGGAAAUGUGAUGGACAUGAAGACUGCAAAUUUGGAGAUGAUGAGAAAAACUGUGAACCAGCUUCUCCUACGUGUUCAUCGAGUGAGUAUGUAUGUACCAGUGGAGGAUGUAUCUCGGCAUCUUUAAGGUGUAAUGGAGAAUAUGAUUGUGCAGACGGUUCAGAUGAGAUGGAUUGUGUAACUGAGUGCAAAGAAGAUCAAUUUCGAUGUAAAAACAAGGCCCAUUGUAUCCCUAUCAGAUGGCUAUGUGAUGGAAUCCAUGACUGUGUAGAUGGCAGUGAUGAAGAUCACUGUGACAGAGGUGGAAAUAUAUGUCGAGCUGAUGAGUACCUUUGCAAUAAUUCACUCUGCAAACUACAUUUUUGGGUGUGUGAUGGAGAAGACGAUUGUGGAGAUAACUCUGAUGAAGUCCCUGAAAUGUGUGCAAAGUUUCCAUGCCCACCCACCCGCCCUCACAGAUGCAGAAACAAUCGUGUAUGCCUUCGACCUGAGCAGAUUUGCAAUGAGAUAGAUGACUGUGGUGAUAACUCAGAUGAAGAUCAUUGUGGUGAUAAAUUUACAUAUAAAACAAGACCUUGUAAAAAGGAUGAGUUUGCUUGUAGUGAUAAAAAAUGUAUACCCAUGGAGCUACAAUGUGAUCGUUUUGAUGACUGUGGAGAUGGUUCAGAUGAACAAGGCUGCAGAACGGUUCCCACUGAAUAUACCUGCGAAGAUAAUGUGAAUCCAUGUGGAGAUGAUGCAUAUUGCAAUCAAACACAAACAUCUGUUUUCUGUCGUUGUAAGCCUGGAUUUCAGAGAAACAUGAGAAACAGACAGUGUGAAGACCUCAAUGAAUGCUUAAUGUUUGGUGCCUGCUCCCAUCAGUGUGUUAAUAUGAAAGGGUCAUAUAAGUGUGUGUGUGACCAGAAUUAUAAGGAAAAAAAUAACACCUGCAUAGCAAAAGGCUCUGAAGAUCAAGUUCUCUACAUUUCUAAUGACACUGAUAUCCUGGGUUUUAUAUAUCCAUUCAACUACAGUGGCGAUCAUCAACAAAUUUCUCAUAUUGAACAUAAUUCAAGGAUAACAGGGAUGGAUGUAUAUUAUCAAAGGGAUAUGAUUAUUUGGAGUACUCAGUUUAAUCCAGGCGGAAUUUUCUACAAAAGGGUCCGCGGCAGAGAAAGAAGACAAACUACCAGUGGUUUGAUUUGUCCUGAAUUCAAAAGACCCAGGGACAUUGCUGUUGAUUGGAUUGCUGGAAAUAUUUACUGGACAGAUCACUCUAGAAUGCAUUGGUUUAGUUAUUACACCACUCACUGGACAAGUUUAAGAUAUUCAAUAAACGUGGGGCAACUGAAUGGUCCCAACUGUACCCGGCUCCUUACAAAUAUGGCUGGAGAACCCUAUGCCAUUGCUGUCAAUCCUAAAAGAGGGAUGAUGUACUGGACUGUUGUUGGGGACCACUCUCAUAUUGAAGAAGCAGCCAUGGAUGGUACUCUAAGAAGAAUUUUGGUACAGAAGAAUUUACAGAGACCUACAGGGCUGGCUGUUGAUCAGUUCAGUCAACGCAUAUAUUGGGCUGACUUUGAGCUAUCUGUCAUUGGCAGCGUUCUUUUUGAUGGCUCCGAUUCAGUAGUUUCUGUGAGCAGCAAACAAGGACUUUUACAUCCACAUAGGAUUGAUAUUUUUGAAGAUUACAUAUAUGGAGCAGGACCUAAAACUGGUGUAUUUAGAGUACAUAAAUUCGGCCAUGGCUCAGUAGAAUACUUAAGUUUAAAUGUUGAUAAAACAAAAGGUGCCUUGAUCUCUCAUCGUUAUAAACAGCAAGAUUUACCCAAUCCAUGUUUGGAUUUAACGUGUGAAUUCCUCUGUUUACUUAAUCCUUCUGGGGCUACCUGUGUGUGCCCAGAAGGGAAAUCCUUGAUUAAUGGAACCUGCAAUGAUGAGAGCCUAUUAGAUGAUUCAUGUAAAUUGACUUGUGAAAAUGGAGGAAAAUGCAUUAUAAAUGAGAAGGGAGAUCUAAGAUGUCAUUGUUGGCCCAGUUAUUCUGGAGAAAGAUGUGAAAUCAACCAUUGUACCAACUACUGUCAGAAUGGAGGAACUUGCAUAUCAUCUGCUCUUGGAAGGCCAACCUGUAGCUGUGCUCUGGGUUUUACUGGACCAAACUGCAAUCAGAUGGUCUGUGAGAAGUUUUGUCAAAAUGGAGGGUCUUGCAGUGUCACUGCGGGGAACCAACCCUACUGCCAAUGCAUGCCUGAAUACACCGGAGACAGAUGCCAAUACUAUGUAUGCCAUCAUUACUGCGUGAAUUCUGAAUCCUGCACCAUUGCAGAUGAUGGAAGUGUAGAAUGUGUUUGUCCGACCCGCUAUGAAGGAACAAAAUGUGAAGUUGACAAGUGCCUAAGAUGCCAUGGUGGCCACUGCAUCAUAAACAAGGACAAUGAAGAUAUAAUAUGCAAUUGCACUAAUGGAAAGAUUGCCUCCAGCUGUCAGUUAUGUGAUGGCUACUGUUACAAUGGUGGCACAUGUCAGCUGGACCCUGAGACAAAUAUACCUGUGUGUUUAUGUUCUGCCAACUGGUCAGGCACCCAGUGUGAAAGGCCAGCUCCAAAGAGCAGCAAGUCUGAUCACAUCAGUACAAGAAGUAUUGCAAUCAUUGUUCCUCUUGUGAUCUUGGUGACACUAAUUACUACUUUAGUAAUUGGUUUAGUGCUUUGUAAGAGAAAAAGAAGGACAAAAACAAUUAGAAGACAGCCUAUUAUCAAUGGAGGAAUUAAUGUGGAGAUUGGCAAUCCAUCAUAUAAUAUGUAUGAGGUGGACCAUGAUCAUAAUGAUGGAAGUCUUUUAGAUCCAGAUUUCAUAGUAGAUCCAGCAAAGGCCAGAUAUAUAGGGGGAGGACCCAGUGCUUUCAAGCUUCCCCACACAGCGCCACCCAUCUACCUAAACUCUGAUUUGAAAGGACCACUAACAGCAGGGCCAACGAAUUACUCCAAUCCAGUGUAUGCGAAGUUAUAUAUGGAUGGGCAAAACUGUCGAAAUUCCUUAGGAAGUGUUGAUGAAAGAAAAGAACUUCUUCCAAAGAAAAUAGAAAUUGGGAUAAGAGAGACAGUGGCAUAAUCUUCUGAUACCUUUUAUAUUCUGUAUAAAUGUAUAAAAUAUAAGGAUUACUUUUGUAUGUUCCAACAGUAUUAUAAUUGUUUUGGCAUCAGCAUUACCUCUUUUGUUUCCCCCUUUUUGGGUUUAAUUGUUUUAUGAGUUUUUUGUUGUUGAUUUGUUUUCUGCUGAUGACUAUUGAUUGACCAUUUGUAUGGUAUUUUUACAAAAAAAAAAAAAGAAACUGCACUACAGUACAAUUUACAACAAUGCUGCUGAUAUGACACACCUUUGAAUUUGUUAAAAUUAAAAACAUAUUCCUUUGUAGUGUGAAUAUGAGCAAUCUAUUUUGUACGAACUUUUUUGGUUCUACUUAGACAGCAAAGAUGAUAUCUGCACUUUUCCAUGAUAUAGUCUGAAAGCUGUAGUACGGUGCGUCAUUUUUUCUGUUUAAAAUGGUGAAAGAAUGAUUGAAUGGUGUACUCUCUUCUUUGCGCCCAUUAGGACUUUACUUCAGAGCCUGAAUAAAAGUAUAUAAUCUUAAAAAUUCCAACAUGGCCUGCUUUUGAAAUCUGCCUUAGAUCAUGAAGAGAUAAAUGAGGCUUUAAAAUGAAAAAAAUAAAAGAUAAAUUCUAAUGAUCUGCAUGAAUAUAAACAACUAUGCUUUCUUAAAUUAUAUGUGCUAUCCUAAAUACAUAUGCCAUAUAAUCAACAUUUAUAUUUAACCAAUACUGUAGAACGUAGCAACACUAUCUUAAAAGCUGAAAGACUUUACUUGCUAUGGGACAAGAACUGAUCUCCAUUAGGCCUUUAGUAGAGUAGCCACUCUAGAGCACAAGAGGGCAUUACCUAUUCAUGUAUCAUGGAUGUGUUCACACAGCAUUUUGUGGAUAGUUAACCCCUUACCACACUGGAAACAACAAAAGAGAGAGAUGACAUGAGCACAUAAAUUGACAACAGAAUUCCAAUUUUAUGAAAGCAAAUGAAUUGUUUUUGCCAGGCCAUGCAUACAAGACAAAGCAGCUUUUUUAGUAAGCAGUGUUGAUUGGAUAUAUUCAAGGUAUGUUAGGACCAAUUCAUUAUGUGCCCCAUUAAAAAUAUUUAUUGGUAAGGGAUCUUAGCAGAAUAGUUCUGGGAUAAUCAUCAACAAUCUAUAAUCAAAGGUGGAAAGUGUCAAAGUUGGACUAAUUACUCUGGUAUCCAUUUCUUUUCCAUUCUAUAAAAGUAUAUAGAGCCCACUCACUUAUUUUUCCCCAAAAUUUCAGCUGAAAAAUAUGACUUAUUUAAGUUACAUAUAAAAAAGAUAGCAUUUUUAUACAAAUAUCUUUAAAGGCACAAAAGAUUUAUUCACAUGGUAUGGAGGGCUUUUUGUUCCUCUGAUAGACAUGACCGACUUUUAGCUGUCAUAAUGUAUUAACAUAACAGAUGAAAUAUGUUUGUGGUUGCUCUUUAUUCCCUUUGUACAAGCAUUAAAAAAAACUGCUGUUUUAUAAAGAGAUUUUUUUGUUGUACUAUGUGCAUGCAUACUACCUAUUUCUAAACUUUGCCAUAUUGAGGCCUUUAUAAACUAUUGAUUUAUGUAAUACUAGAGCAGUUUUGCUUGAAUGAUGUUAUGCAUAUCAUAAACUUUUUCAGGUUCUUGUUUAAGUACAUUUUUUAAAUUGAACAGUAUUUUUCAUUUUGGUUAUAAUAGUCAUUUUGCCUAUGUUUCUACAAUGAAGUGUUCAAUACUUUAUAAAAAAUUGUUGACUGACUUAUUUAAAUGAAAUUCUACAUAUUUAA